GGAGCUCAGUCGGGGGGCGGCGGCGGCGGCGGCUCCGGGGAUGGCGGCGGCUCCGCUGCUGCUGCUGCUGCUGCUGGUGCCCGUGCCGCUGCUGCCGCUGCUGGCCCAGGGCCCGGGGGGGGCGCUGGGGAACCGGCAUGCGGUGUACUGGAACAGCUCCAACCAGCACCUGCGGCGAGAUGGUUACACAGUCCAGGUGAAUGUGAACGAUUACCUGGACAUCUACUGCCCACACUACAACAGCUCAGGCUCAGGUCCCGGAGCGGGGCCGGGACCCGGAGGCGGGGCGGAACAGUAUGUGCUGUACAUGGUGAGCCGAAGCGGCUACCGAACCUGCAAUGCCAGCCAGGGUUUUAAGCGCUGGGAAUGCAACCGACCCCACGCUCCCCACAGCCCCAUCAAGUUCUCGGAGAAGUUCCAGCGCUAUAGCGCCUUCUCACUGGGCUAUGAGUUCCACGCAGGCCACGAGUACUACUACAUCUCAACGCCCACCCACAACCUGCACUGGAAGUGUCUGAAGAUGAAGGUGUUCGUCUGCUGUGCCUCCACAUCGCACUCCGGGGAGAAGCCGAUCCCCACUCUCCCCCAGUUCACCAUGGGCCCCAAUGUGAAGAUCAACGUGCUGGAGGACUUUGAGGGAGAAAACCCCCAGGUGCCCAAGCUGGAGAAGAGCAUCAGUGGGACGAGCCCAAAGCGGGAACACCUGCCCCUGGCUGUGGCCAUCGCCUUUUUCCUCAUGACGCUCUUGGCCUCCUAGCUCUGCUCCCGGAGCAGGGAGAGGUGGAGGGCAGGGCUGGUGGGAGGAGCAGCCAAACCACCGCCACCUUUCCGGAGGGAACCUUCUCCCCCGAUGGAUGUGGGGUAGACCCUUGGAUGGCGGUGCCCACCCUUCCCCUGUGCCGCGCUGAGGGCCGGGCGCUCUGACUCUACCAGGCAUCCUGUUAGCGGGACCCCCAGGUCGGCCUGGGUCCUGCCUUGUGGCUCUGGAGAUAUUUGGUACCAAAUUGGGAGGGAGAGGGGGGUUUUGGGCAGUGCCCAACUUCCUGCCUCCUCCUGGUGCCCUCCACCCUGCCCCCUGGUGCCCUAUCCUUCUUUCCUCCAAGAGAGACCCCAGCUAAGUUCCAGAAAGAGCAAUUCGGAGUCUGGGAGACAAAUGCGUUCCUCCCCUCCAGGGGCAGAGCCAGGCCCCCUAUCGGGGGAGGGGACUAGGUGGGUGAGGGGGUGGGCACAGCCUGCUGCCCCCUCCCCCUGUUUACAGCAAUAAGCACGUUCCCCUCCCCUGCCCCCACCCUAUCCCACCUCAUCCCAGGAUUGUGGUUUGGAUGGAGAUCAAGUUUACAAGUAGUCACCCUGGGGGGUGGGGGCGGGUGAGGGCAAAUGAACAAGGGUGGCUCGGGUGGCAGGUGGGCAUGUACAGUCUCUAUAUCUCUAUAUAUAAUGUACAGACAGACAGAGUCCCUUUCCCUUCCUAACCCCCUGGUCCCUUCUUUAACCUUCCCCUCCAGCUUUGGACCCCUUCCCUACCAGGCCCGGCCCCUACCCUGGGAGCCACCCCUGGCCCCUCGUUUGUCUUCUGUGAAGACACGACCUAUGCAACGCACAGACACUUUUGGAGACCGUGAGACAACAACAACCCCCCCAGAGACCGGGACCCAACCCUUAAGUUUCCCCCUCCCCAGGCCCCACCCCUCUCCUCCAGAACCUUUUUCAAGUGCUUUGGCUGUGACUUUCAUACUCUGCUCUUAGUCUAAAAAAAUAAACUCCAGAUA